AUGCCCACGGCCAAGGGCUGCCGCGGCCGCAAGGGCCGGCGCGCCAACAGCAGCGGCGACGAGCAGGAGAACGCGGCGGCGGGCCCGGCGGCGGGCGCGGCGGGCGGCGACUCGGGCGGCGACUCGGGCUCCGGCGCGGGCGCGGGCUGCGGCUCCGGCUCGGCCUCCGCGGCGGGCGCGGGCGCGGCGGGGGACGCCAGGACGGAGGCCCCCUGUGCCACACCCUUGAUCUGCAGCUUCGGGAGGCCGGUGGACCUGGAGAAGGACGAUUACCAGAAGGUGGUGUGCAACAACGAGCAGUGCCCGGGCAGCACCUGGAUGCACCUGCAGUGCUUCUACGAGUGGGAGAGCAGCAUCCUGGUCCAGUUCAACUGCAUCGGCCGGGCCCGCAGCUGGAACGAGAAGCAGUGCCGCCAGAACAUGUGGACCAAGAGGGGCUACGACCUGGCCUUCCGCUUCUGCUCCUGCCGCUGUGGCCAGGGCCACCUCAAGAAGGACACCGACUGGUACCAGGUGAAGCGCAUGCAGGAGGAGAAGAAGAAGAAGGCGGGCGUGGAGAAGAACACCGGCCGGCCGCUGGGGGAGGCUGCUGGGGAGGAGGCCAAGAAGUGCCGGCCCCCAGCCAAGCCCCCCAAAGGCCUGGGCCACGACGGGGGCCCACGGCGGCAUUCCCUGGACCGGCAGAACUCGCAGGAGAAGGGCUACGGCGGGACCCGCUCGCCCUGUGGCUCCCCCGGCCAGUCUCCCCCAGCCGGCUACUCCAUCCUGGCCCCAGCCCACUUUGGGGGGCCCCGGGCCUCCCGCUACCUCGGGGAGUUCCUCAAGAACGCCAUCCACCUGGAGCCCCACAAAAAGGCCCUGGGCGCAGGCCACAUGUUCCGACACAGCCACCUGGACUAUGGCCCGGCUGCAGCUGGCCUGUCGGGGCACCGGGGUGCCCACCUGGAUGCCCCCAUCCAGUUCCUGCGGCGCCUGGACCUCUCGGAGCUGCUGGCCCACAUCCCCCGGCAUAAGCUGAACACUUUCCAUGUGCGCAUGGAGGAUGAUGCCCAAGUGGGCCAGGGCGAGGACCUGCGCAAGUUCAUCCUGGCCGCGCUCAGUGCCAGCCACCGGAACGUGGUCAACUGUGCCCUGUGCCACCGGGCGCUGCCCGUCUUCGAGCAGUUCCCGCUGGUGGAUGGGACUCUGUUCUUGAGCCCAUCGAGGCAUGAUGAGAUCGAAUACGAUGUUCCUUGUCACCUCCAAGGGAGACUCAUGCACCUGUACGCUGUGUGUGUGGACUGCUUGGAAGGGGUUCACAAGAUCAUCUGCAUCAAGUGCAAGUCGCGGUGGGACGGCAGCUGGCACCAGCUGGGCACCAUGUACACCUACGACAUCCUGGCCGCCUCUCCCUGCUGUCAGGCCCGCCUGAACUGUAAGCACUGUGGGAAGCCCGUGAUAGAUGUGCGGAUUGGGAUGCAAUAUUUCUCUGAGUACAGCAACGUGCAGCAGUGUCCACACUGUGGGAACCUGGACUACCAUUUCGUGAAGCCAUUUUCUUCCUUCAAAGUUCUUGAAGCUUAUUGAUGAAAGUUUUGCUUUAUAAUAGCUAUUUUAUUGACAUUACUUUAUUACAUAUCUUUUAUAGGAAAACAUUCUGUGACUGUUUUUUCUUU